GGACAGUACUAAAUAAAAAACAUGCAAUUUUCAUGAUCCUUCUUAUUUUGUUAAAAUGAUUCACAUUUUUCGAGAUUCUGCAAGGGGUAUGUAAACUUUUGAGCUCAACUGUAUUUGCAUUAAAAUCUGUUCUAUUCACUUUGAUUGAUCUUUCAGCUCUGUUUCUGAGAAAGGCUUCUGUCUGUCCACUCUUUUCCAUGUUUCACAAAAAUCCAGCUGCAGAUUAUGUGCACAUCACUGCUGGCAUAUAGAUUCAGAACUUUAUUCUGAAUUUCACUAUAGGGUUCAAGAUUGUUCUAUAUUAGGCAGAUGUUAAAGGGUUAGUUCACCCAAAAAACAACAAUUCAGUCAUAAUUUACUCACCCUCAUGUCGUUCCAAACCCAUAAGACCUUUGUUCACGUGAGCAGCACGACGCAUGCGUGAUGACGCAGGAGCCGGCCAAUAAUGAGUCGGCGUUCUGACGCAGAACCUGGAAGUGCUGAACGUAAACAACGUAUGAGAAUGACACAGAAGAGAAGAUAUUGUUGAAUAAAGUCGUUAUUUUUGUUUUGUUUUUGCGCACAAAAAGUAUUCUUGCUUCAUAAAAUAAAGGUUGAGCCACUGCAGUCAGGUGGACUAUUUUAACGAUGUCUUUAGUACCUUUCUGGACCUUGAAAGUGGUGGUUAAAUUGCUAUGGAGGGACAGAAAUCUCUCAGAUUUCAUUAAAAAUAUCUUCAUUUGUGUUCUAAAGAUGAACGAAGUCUUAAGGAUUUGGAAUGACAUAAGGGUGAGUAAAUGAUGACAGAAUUUUUCAUUUUUGCAUGAACAAACCCUUUAAGCAGAAUGCACUGACAGUCUCAGUUACCUUGUGCUUUCAUCGCAUCUUUUUAUUUUCCAUAUAAUGAAAGUGAAUGGAGAACUCUCAUUCUGCUUACCAAGCAAGGUAUUUAUACAGAUGUGAAAAAACACGAGGAUGAGUAAAUGAUGACAGAAUUGUCUUUUUUUAUUGUUAUUAAUUUGAACUAUCCUUUUAAAACCUUCAGUGGACCUGUCACAAGAACAAAAUGGUUUUUAUUGUCAGUGUAUCAUGAAAAAAAAAAAAAAAAAAUCAACAGUUAAGCCUAAACUUUGGCAUUUUCUUGCAGCAACAGUAAACAGGCCUCCCGUUCUCUCCCUGAAGUUGUGGUUAUGAAUUAGUGAUGUUCAUUAGCAUAUAUUAUGCUAAUGACGGAGAGCGCGCAACGGGUGUUAUCUUCAGCACCUGAGAUGAGCGUGGACACACAGGAGAGAGAGAGAGAGAGAGAGAGCGAGGAGCUGCUGCAGACGGGAAUAUGCGUCGGUAGUGCCCAUCGGUGUAGGACUGUGAGGGGAGAAUCUCAUUCCAUUUCAAGUGAUUCGCAUGAGUCACGAAUGGAUCCUAUUUUAACUCCCGGAAAGAAACUUUUUUUACUCUAUUUAUUAUUCUUUAUCCUAAUAUAUCAAGGUAAGUAGCAUGACGAUGGACUGGUGUGUUCACUUAUGCUCUAAUAUACUGAUUAUUAUUUUAAAGAAAAUGAAAUUUAGGUAAUUUAACUGUAUAAAAUAUUUAGUUUAUAUAAGUUUAUAUCAUUAUUGUAAAGGAACCAGAUUUUAACUUGGAGGAAAACACUACCUCUGGCAGUGAAGGGAGAACUGUAAUAUAAUGUUAAUGGUCUAUAUGCCUAAAUUCCUUAUGUUAAUAUAUCAAAGUGAGUUACAUAAUGGUCUUAAUCAUUUUUAUAAAAAUAUAAUUUAUAUUUGUAACAUAUAAUGCAUAGUUUACAAACGUUUGAUUAAAUUGUUUGAUACAGAAAAGCGUUACACUGACUGUGAAAAAAAAAAUCUAAUCAUAAACGUUUAAAAGUGUCGCACUUACAUGAUAAUUUGUUUCUUUUUAGCACAUAUCACGUGGGGCACUGAAAGUCUGAAUUUAACACAACAGCAUGAUUUUGAAAACAGCAGCGAAAGCAGCAGGAUAAUGCUGGAGAAAUGGGAUCCCGCUUUCCAAACGGAGCAGAGAUCCUUAGAGAGCAACACAUCGUCAGCAGAGCAAACAGAAGCACAGAAGCCAUCACCCCGCAGAGCCACCGGUGAGUGUACAUCUUCUUGUCUGAAUGGGGGUUGGUGUGUCCAUCCAGACUCCUGUAACUGCACUUUAUACCAGGCCACUGGAACACACUGUCAGACAGUCCCCAACCUAGGCUUUGAGCGUGAGAUGACGUGCCGCUCGUGGGGACAAUACAACUAUGAAACCUUUGAUGGACUUUAUUACUACUUCCCUGGAAAAUGCAGCUACACGUUACUGAAAGACUGUGAAGACAGCACCCGGUCAAGUGUACAUAUACAGGUGCAUAAUGACCCAGAAUGCAGUUCUUUCCCAUACUCCUGCACACGUUCAGUCAGCCUCUUCCUGCCGUGGGAGGGGGAGAUUAGGUUACAGAACUUCAGUGUUACUUUCAAGGGUCAAAGUGUGCAGCUGCCCCAUCACAUCCACGAUGUUGAGCUGGAGCAAAUCUCUGACUACAUCGUAGUGUCACAGCCACAGGGUUUCACGCUGGCCUGGCAGGGGUUCACUGGCUCUGUGUACAUCAAGAUGAGUCCUGAGUUUGUUGGACACACCUGUGGACUUUGUGGCAAUUUCAAUGCCGACACUCAGGAUGACCUAAAGACCAGCUAUGGUGUUUUCACACAGGAUUUGUCCAUGUUUGGAAACAGCUGGGCAGAAGAGGAGCCACAGCUGGCUAGAUGUCCUGUCGUUCCCUCUCUCUACCCCUCACCAUGUGCCACGAAGGAUCCUCAUGUCUUAUUGAAAGUGGAAGAAGUUUGUGCCACCCUACUGAAGGAACCGUUCCAGUCUUGCCAUGAGUUUGUCAGUCCGUAUUCAUACAUGGCCAGUUGCUCCAAUGACCUCUGUCUGUCUGGUCCCAAUGGUGAUGUGGUGUGCCACGUGUUCACAGAGUAUGCUAGAGCAUGUGCCCAUGCUGAACACCCGCUGCAUAACUGGAGAGCACACUUUCCUGUUUGCAAUGUUGAUUGCCCCGGUGAGCUCCUUUUUAGAGAGUGUAUUACCUGCUGUCCCGUGCACUGCAAGAUUGAACAUAUGUGUAUAGACAGCAAGCUACAGUGUUUGGAUGGCUGCUACUGCCCUGAUGAUUUGAUCUACGAGGAUGGAGUGUGUGUUAAGGCAUCAGACUGUCCUUGUGAGCACCACGGGAUGCUGUACCCCUCCGGACAUGUCAUACAGGAAGACUGCAACAACUGCUCAUGUGUUGGGGGCAUAUGGAACUGCACAGAGCACAAUUGCCCAGGGGAGUGCUCUGUGACAGGGGAUAUGUUCUUCCAGUCGUUUGAUGGCCGUGUUUACACAUUUCCUGCUACGUGCCAGUACGUUUUAGCCAAGAGCAGAAACUCGGGCAGGUUCACUGUGACCAUUCAGAAUGCACCCUGUGGAGCCAAUCUUGAUGGUGCUUGUAUUCAGUCAGUCAACCUGGUGCUGGAUGAGGAUCCACGUACUGAGAUCACAAUGAGCCACAGUGGAGAGGUUUUUCUGGCCAGCCAGUUCAGGAUCUCACUGCCGUAUUCAAAUGAUGUCUUUCAGAUCCAGGAGCUGUCGUCCAUGUUUGUUCAGGUGAAGUCAUCGCAGGGUCUGCGGCUGCAGUAUAACUGGAGGGAGUUCAGGCUGUACCUGCAGUUGGAAGAGCAGUGGAGAGAUGAUACUGUGGGGCUCUGCGGAACCUUUAACGGCAACAUUCAGGAUGACUUCCUUGCACCCUCUGGCAUGAUUGAAAGCACGCCAUUCUUGUUUGGAAAUGCAUGGCGUGUGUCUUCAGCAUGUGUGCCACGGCCCAGCUUACCCCAACUUGAUCCUUGUGACACACACCAGCAAGCAGCCUCUUAUGCAGUGGAGAAGUGUGACGUGCUGACGCAAGAGGUGUUUUCUGCCUGUCAUGAGUAUGUGAGUCCAGUGGGUUUUCAGCUACAGUGUCGUGCAGACGUCUGUAAAUGUGGAGCACCGUGCCUGUGCUCCAUCCUCGCUCACUACGCUCGCACCUGCAGGAGACACGGUGUCAUCAUUGAGUUCCGCUCACACCUGCCUGAGUGUGCCAUCUUGUGUCCGUCUACUAUGGAGUAUGGAGUCUGCGUGUCUUCAUGUCAGCGCCGCUGCCUGUUUCUGUCUCUCCCACAGCCGUGUGGAGAUGAGUGUGAGGAGGGUUGCGUGUGUCCGGAAGGAACAUACUUCAACAUGCAUACACACACCUGUGUGCCACGGAGUGAGUGUCCGUGCAGUUUUCUCGGUGCUGACUACUCUCCUGGAGAUGUGAUCAUGACAUCAUCAGGUGUACAAAUUUGCCAAGAUGGAAAACUCGUUUCCCAGAGCUCAAUUAUUGAUACCCUGUGCCCACCAGGGCAGAUUUAUGAGGACUGUGGGAACCGAGUAGACGGCCCUUCGGCCAGUAAAGGUUUAGCCUGUGAACAGACCUGCGAGUCGUAUUUGCUGAACCUCACCUGCUCCACUCAUGAGCCGUGUGUGCCUGGCUGUGCUUGUCCCGCAGGGCUCCUCAAGCAUGGUGAUGAGUGUUUUGAGCCACGUGCAUGUCCGUGUUUGUGGAAAGGGAAAGAAUAUUAUCCAGGAGACAGAGUAUCGUCCCCAUGCCAUCAGUGUGUGUGUCAGCAUGGCACGUUCCAGUGUGAGUUUCGCCCAUGUCCGUCAAUGUGCACUACUUAUGGAGAUCGACACUACCGAACGUUUGAUGGGUUCCUGUUUGAUUAUAUUGGUGCAUGCAAGGUGUACUUGGUCAAGAGCUCGUUAGAUGCAAUGAUGUCUGUCACAGCAGAAAAUGUUGACUGCUUUGAGAGUGGUGUGAUCUGCAGGAAAUCACUCCUCAUCUCUGCGGGUCGCUCCUUCAUUGUGUUUGAUAAUGACAGCGGAAAACCUAAUCCAUCCAGUGUGAUUGACAGGAAGAAAGUAUAUAUCUGGCAAGCAGGAUACUACACCAUUGUGCAUCUGCUUGGGGAAGACCUCACAGUGCUCUGGGACAGAAAAACCACUGUACAUAUACAAGCUGGACCACGCUGGCAGGGCAAGCUUACUGGUCUUUGUGGGAACUUUGAUCAGAAGACAGCGAAUGAAAUGAGAACACCAGAGAACAUCGACUCGUCAACACCACAGGAGUUUGGCAACAGCUGGACAGCAGCAGAGUGUGUGAACAGUCCCGAUAUAAGGCACCCCUGCAAUCUGAAUCCUCUUCGAGAGCCCUUUGCAAAAAGACAGUGUGGGAUUUUGCUCAGUGAGGUGUUCCAAGUCUGCCACCCUGUGGUAGAUGUCACAUGGUUCUAUAUGAACUGCCUGGUGGACACCUGUGGCUGCAACCGUGGAGGAGAUUGUGAGUGUUUCUGCACAAGUGUUGCCGCAUAUGCUCACCGCUGCUGCCAAAAGGGCGUCACCAUUGAUUGGCGCUCCCCUUCUGUCUGCCCUUAUGACUGUGAAUACUACAACAAAGCUUUAGGGAAAGGGCCACUGAAGCUUUUGACCUACAGAGAGAGAGGAACAAUGUUAGCAGCCAAUAAGACAACUGGACUGGUGUUCCCAAAAAGAGAAAUGACCAGUACUGAUGGGAUCCUGACGCUGUUCAUGAUGACGCCAGGCAUCAGCAAAGCCAGACCACAUGACUCAUCCCUGGUGUCAUUUGAGGCAGCAGACAGACCCAACUACUUCUUAAAAGCAGAGCGCAGUGGCCAGCUGAGACUGGAGAAGUGGGAAGAGACUGAGGCAUUCUGGGAUGCAGCUACAUUUGUUCUUCAUAGAGACACCUGGAUCUCCGGCUUUGAUUCGCUGGAGUCCCUGGCAAAGCCUGGGUUUUUUCUGCAUUUCAUGCCGUCCAGACUUCAGCUCAUGAAAUACAGUCACUCAGAUCGGUACCGCCGAGCGACUCUAUUCAAACUGACAGGCAGCAUACCAUACUAUCCAAUGGGUCCUCGAUGCCAGUGGCAGUAUGAAUCAUGUGUGAGUCCAUGCUUCAGGACAUGCAGUGACCCGUCGGGUCUGAGCUGUACCAGCAUCCUGAAGGUUGAGGGAUGCCUGCCUCAGUGUCCAAGUCACAUGGUUCUGGAUGAGGUCACUCACAGAUGUGUCUAUAUGGAGGACUGCAUUAAGCCUGCUGUUGUUCCUCCAUUCACACCAACCAGCACUGCCAUACCAUCAACAUCCUCAGAACAUUCCACCUUGAGUGGCCCGGCGGUUUCUAUAUCACUCACAUCUACAACAGUGUCAGAGAGUAGCGCCACUGCAAUUAUACCUACAGCACACAUGCCAAGCACUGCAAUGCUUACAUCUUCCCCUAUCAGUCCUGAGGUGGUGGAAACCAUUACCACAUUAAUAACAUCCUCUUCCUCCCCAAGCCCACUGGCUUCCACUGAGAGAACCACUAAAGCAUCAACCGUCACUCAUGCUUCCCCCUCCACAUUGCACACUAGCCCAGUGUAUAUCUCAGCAUUUCUCUCAGGCACCUCUACAACAAGCAGGCCAACAGAGUCUUCAACACUACUCACGCGUACAACAACUAUGCCCCUUACCACCUACUUCUAGUCCU